CCAGCUCUCGUGCCUUGAUGUGUGAUGAUGUAGGCGCGGGCGCGUCGACCCCGCGAGAGCGGAUAUAACCUUGACCACCUCCGCGUGCACAACAUCUCGAGUGGAUCCUCUGGCAAACUCGUGGAACCAGACUGCGUCCAAGUUUAAUCUGAUUUUAUAAGUCAUUUUGAAUCUUUACAAACCACGGAGUUUUCUAUCAAAUUUGUACCCAGUAAGUGGAACACGAGGACUCGCGGGGGUUCACGACGCUGCGCCGAAACAUCGCCGCUGCUGCAGUUGGUCGUGCUUGGUGAGCCAUGCCCAUGUCCCGCCUCCAGUAAACAGCCCACAAAGCGAGGCAGACACCAGCGUUUCCACCCUGUCGUGUUCUAGCGCUAGAGACGGUGCGCCUCCACACUUCGCUGCACAGGAUCAUGGGAGACGUGGUCCAGAUGCACUUCUCCACAGUGGACUACGUGAUCUUUACUCUGCUGCUGGUGGCCUCGGCAGGUAUCGGAGUGUUCUACGCCUUCUCGGGGGGCCGUCAGAGGACCACGCAGGAGUUCCUGCUGGCCGACCGUAGCAUGACGUGCUUGCCUGUGUCGCUCUCUCUACUGGCCACCUUUCAGUCAGCGGUGGCCAUCCUGGGUGCGCCCUCCGAGAUCUACACCCACGGCACUCAGUACUGGUUCCUAGGCUGCUCCUACUUUCUGGGGCUUCUCAUCCCCGCCCACAUCUUCAUCCCUGUCUUCUACCGCCUACGCCUCGCCAGCACCUACGAGUACCUGGAGCUUCGGUUCAGCAAAAGCGUGCGAAUAUGCGGCACAGUCACGUUCAUCUUCCAGAUGGUGAUCUACAUGGGUGUGGUCCUGUAUGCACCUGCCCUGGCCCUGAACGCAGUAACUGGCAUCGACCUCUGGGGAGCAGUCUUGGCAAUGGGACUUGUGUGCACACUUUACACAACGCUCGGUGGUCUGAAAGCUGUGAUCUGGACAGACGUCUUCCAGACCAUCGUGAUGUUCGCCGGGCAGCUGGCAGUAAUCGUGGUGGGGGCGCACCAGGCUGGGGGCGUGGCUGAGGUUUGGAGGCGGGCCCAAAACGGCAGUCGCAUCUCAGGCCUGGAGCUGAACCCUGACCCACUGGAGAGACACACGUUCUGGACUCUGUCUGUAGGGGGCGUUUUCCUCAUGCUGGCUCUGUAUGGUGUAAACCAGGCUCAGGUCCAGAGAUACCUCAGCUCUCGCACUGAGAACGAGGCCAUCAUGUCCUGCUAUGUGGUGUUUCCAUGCCAACAGAUAGUUCUGGCACUGGGCUGUCUGAUGGGACUGGUCAUGUACUCUCGCUAUGGGGAGGACAGUCCACUGGACAAGGGCUACGUCCAGACCAACGACCAGAUGGUUCUGUAUUUUGUGAUGGAUGUUCUUCAAGACCUCCCUGGUUUGCCUGGACUGUUUGUUGCCUGCCUGUUCAGUGGCGCACUCAGUACAAUCUCAUCUGCCUUCAACUCCCUGGCAACGGUUACCAUGGAGGACCUGAUAAAGCCCCAUUUUCCUGCCAUGACUGAGGCACGCGCUACCCUGCUGUCUAAGGGCCUGGCACUUGGAUAUGGUCUGGUGUGUUUGGCUAUGGCGUACAUCGCCUCUCUAAUGGGCUCAGUCCUGCAGGCAGCCCUCAGCAUCUUUGGGAUGAUCGGGGGUCCUCUCCUUGGCCUGUUUUGUUUGGGCAUGUUCUUUCCGUGGGCCAACUCCAUUGGCGCUGUCAUGGGACUUGCAGCAGGGCUGCUUAUGGCUUUCUGGAUUGGCAUCGGCAAUUUCGUCUCCCGCAUGCAGACACAUGGUGUGCCCAUACUCAACGGCACCGCCAUCCUGGAUACGGCCAACGCCACGACCGUCGUCAUGACUACGCUGGUUACUUCCCUCACCACUAAACCCAGGCUCACAGGACUGAAGGCCUUCUACUCCUUAUCAUACAUGUGGUACAGUGCUCACAAUUCAGCCACAGUUGUUGUGGUGGGUCUUGUGGUCAGUCUUCUCACAGGGCCCUCGAAGGAGAAGGAUCUGACCCCUGGCACAGUUUACCCCGUGCUAGGCACACUGUUGUUCUUCCUGCCUGAGAGAUACAGGGAGAAGCUAUGCUGUGUUACACCUCUGGAGGACAAGUCCAAAGCUCUGGCCAGGCAGCCUUACCAGAUGGCAGAGAAAGACAUCAGUGAUGCCCCACGCAGUCCACACGAAGACAAGAACGGAGUGGAGGAGUCGGAGGAGAAGACCAACCAGCCCUCCUGCACACUGAUGCACGUGGAGCAGGAGACGGCUCUGUGACCUCUCCCUCCCUCCCAGUGCUGUAUGAUGAGUGAGGCCGUUUCCAUGGAUGUUACGACUUCUAGCCCUGUGUAUAGCCCCUAUGCUGUGGUACGUGUAGUAGCAGAGUGGCAGGUCCGCUGUAGCCAUGGUGAAUAGAGCACGGAAAUCACCAUGAGAGCUGGGCAUCUACAAGCCUUCCAUGCACACCUGGACCGCUGGGAGGUCUGGGUACUGCACGCGGGCUGAGCUCAGAUGCUUAUAGAUGAUUUCACUCAUGUUCAUGUAACCACACUGUUCUUAGCAAAGUGUUCACAAUUAACCGCACAAUUCCAAUCACUGCACAAGCAGACACCACUAAGAAUGACACUGUGGUGCAACCUUGAUAGGAGGCAUUUAGAGACACACACUCGAGGAGGGCAGAUGUUCUGUGAGUGUGUCUGACUCCCAAAGCCUUUUGUUUUGUUUACUCUGACAUGCCAGAAGCUCCAGAAAGGCUUUAGGAAACAGGAAGCCAUCACGACCCUGUUGCACACCUCCCAGCUAGUGAGCCAGACUCGGUGACCUCUGAUCCCUGCAGACAUGUUCAGAGGUCCUUCCAUCCCGUCGUGUCUCUGCCACGUUGUAAUGGGUGUUGAAUUAUCCCGUUCCAUGUGGCCAAACCCCAGUGGAACCAGUCGCUAAGUGUAAGUGCCUCCUCAUACAAAUGUGCGGUUUGCACGAUUCCCCUUUUGUGCCCUGGGACUUAAACGACUGAAGUUGUGUUGCGUUUCCUACAUCUGGCUGACGUUUCUCAGAACUGAUGGAGUGGAUUUCCAUGUGGUAAAUGUAUAAGAAGCAUCUUAAUAUUUGCCAUAAACGGUCCAACUCUACAAGUCUCACUGGUCCCCAAAGCUGCGCGCCCUGUCAGAGAGUAUAGAGCUGUACCAUGUCUGCUUCCAUUUGUGUUUUGGGGUAGGGCAGUCUACAAGUAGUCUCAUCUCUACAGUUGAAGCACUGGGCUUGUUUCCGGUUGGAGUUUUCACUGUCCCAGUAUAUGCAAGUUUAUCAUGCUGGAGGUUUGAUUUGUGGAGUUUAAAGUAAGCAGGGCAACCGUGGGCCAGCACUGAAAUCUGCAGGGCAAUUACUGGCCAAGGGUGUCAGUAUUAUUCGUGUCUGUCAUCUUCAUCAUUUGUAUUUUUACUUGUAAAAGCCAAAGUAGAUAUUGCCGUCUCAUGUUUUUCCAGCUACAGACCUCAGUCAAAAUCAUAGCAUUUGUAGUUUGUGUAGAAAUGUCUGCUGAUGUGGUUGAUGUAAGUUUGGUGUCUCGUGACCCGAGCAGCGGUGGUCUUGUGGAAGGUCAUUGGAUGUGCCAUGCUUUCUUCAAGCAUUGUUUGGGGUUUGUUUUGCGGUCAUGUAAAGUCACAAGGUUCAUUAGAUGCGUCUGCUUGACUUUUGUGUCUAAAAAUGUGUUGCGCAUGAGCUUAGACCUUGUAUCUUCUUGGAGAAACAAUAGCUGGACAUGUUGAGAUGUCAAAGACCUACAGAUCUUAUUUUCCACAGCUGAGAUCCCAGACUGUGGCGUUCCUGGACGUAGUAGCUGUGUGCGAACACUGGGAGAUUACAAUAACUAUGCUAACUUUGGCCUAAUAAGUCUGCUAGUCUGUUAGUAUGAUGCUGAUUUAAGCACAAUAACUGUCCUUAGAGAACUGCACUAUAUAUAAGUGACCACCCAAGAAAUCAUCAUUUUGGCUGGAGCAUCACUGCCAAGCGGUCUUGGCGUCUGGUGAUGUACGUUAACGUGACUGUCCUGUGUCUCAUUUUUGCUGUGUGACAUCUGUGUAUAAAUUGUUUUGGUUUCUCGUGAACAUUUGUAAUCAUAAGUUGUUUCAUGUAUUCUACCUGUCAUACCUGAAAUUACUUGAACUAGUGCACAGAGCUUUUCUUCAGCACCUCCUGUGCGGCUGUCAUUAGUCCAAACCGAGGGCCUUCUAGUACAGAACACACAUGUAGUACUUUAUUCAUUUUCACUGUGAUUUGAGAUAAUACUGUGUAUCUCUAUAUUAUUAUUGACCCAGAGGGUCAAUAUGGACCCUGUGCACAAGUGUCUGCAAAGUAACAAUUUCUAACAUUUGAGUAGAAUUUGAAAUGAUGUGGAAUUCCUGUGUGCAAAUGUUACUGUGAUUAUGGAUCAGCCACACUAACUUUAUUACUUGCGAUAAGAAACGGGAACAUGGCCAGACAUAACGCAUCCUGUCUACAAGUCUACUGAGUUUUCCUGUAACCUUUUUGAACUAAAAAAAAAAGCAUUGCACUCAAGUAAUUACAAAAUAAAUAUUAUUACAGCAUAAUAUUUGUGUAUAAUAAAUAUUAUGAGAAUAUUUAUUUUUUAGACAAUAUUUUCCCAUUUUGUUGACGUUUCAUUUUUUAUAGUCUUUCUAGUGUGCAUUCCAGAAGCCCGCCAGCAAAGGAGUGCGACCAGCUUCUGUGCUCGGGCAAUACCUUCAUUCUGUCUCUUUCGUUGAGUGGUCAUUGAAGUUCCAUCUUGGAAACUUCCUGACACAGAGGCUACGGAGAGCCAGAUGAUGUGGUGCAGGGCGCGGUAGCGAUGACGCAAUGAUCUGUUUUUAGCCACGGUUGUGGGCAUUAUUUCCAAAUCAGAAAUAUUUGUAAUAAAAGUGAUUGACUAAUACUCCUCAUGUUCUCCAAUGUGUUAUUUGGAAAAAUAAAACUGCUUGCCUGAAAAA